AUGCUGUCCGUUCAAGAGACACAACUCCUGGUAUGCUUCCUCUCCUGUUCUUGGUGGCCGCUGCAUCUUGCGAGAGUUCCAUUCCCCUUCAAUCUGAGCAACCCGCCGAUUUUAGGCGCACCAGGCGGAGACUGUUUGCAGCUUCCAGGACCGAAAACGGAGAGUUUUCAUGCUUUCACUGCAGAAAAUAAAUGGAUAUUUCCCUUUUGCUCCUAUGAGUUUCUUUGUGUUCAACCAAUGCUGACGAACGCUUCUUCUCCUGCUACAGCUGACAAGAAGCAUGAUGAAGCCUCUGUUCCAAGAAGCCACUCUGCUCCCCCAUCCUCCUCGGCGCCCCCGCAAUGCCGUGGGCUCACUAUCUUACUAAUUUGUGCACAGAUUGCAGGAACUGAUUCUACAUUGGUGAUUGGCUGA